UCAAACGAACAAGUCAUGGCGGCCACGGGUGGAGGGAAAAUCAGAAGCCGGAGAUAUCACAUUGCCUCUAAACCUUACGCCAAAAGUAAACAGCAGCAACCAGGGCUGAUUAGUCGAGUGACGGACACCGUGAAGAGCAUCGUUCCUUCCUGGUUACAUAAAUACUUCAAUAAUGGGCAACCCAUCCAAGAGGAAGGGGUCGUGCAGGAUGCAGAGCAAAACAGCAAACCCUGCCCCCCUCCUCCCCCUAACGGCAGUGAGGAGGGACCUCCUCCUAUUGACGGACGAGAUUCCCCAGAGCCCAGAACCAGUAACACAGAGCCGUCAACUAGCAGAGUGUCUCUGAACUUUCAGGAGAACGCGCUGCCUCGACCCCCCUUGAACCGCUCUCACCUCAACUUCACCCCUCUGGAUGCCUCCUCCUCAGUCCUAGGAGGCUCUGUCAGCUUCUUCUCCCAGCCCUCCACAUCCUCAGCCCCGGGACCCUUCUCCACAGGCUUCUCCCUGGUCAAGGAGAUUAAGGACAACCUUUCGCAACACGAAGACGACAACAUCUCCACCACCAGUGGCUUUUCCUCCCGCGCCUCUGACAAAGACGUGCCCACCUCUAAAACAGCCUCAAUACCCCAGCUCUGGUCCCCAGAGACUGACAGAACCAUGACUGGACCCCAGUCUGCCCAGUCCAGUUUGAAAAAGCCUGCAUUUAAUCUGUCUGUCUUUGGAACUUCAGCAAAUUCAACAUUAAACAGCCAGUUGGGGGAUUCUCCCUACUACCCUGGGAAGACAACUUACGGUGGGGCAUCUGCAACCAAGAGCUAUCGCUCACGCCCCAGUACACCUUACCAGGCUCCAGUGAGAAGGCAGAUCAAGGCCAAGCCAGCUGGUGCUCAGCCUUGCGGUGUGACCAGUGCCACAGCCAGGCGCAUCCUACAGUCCCUGGAGCGCAUGUCGAGCCCUUUGGCGGAUGCCAAGAGAAUCCCAUCUGCAGCAUCCUCCCCCAUGUCAGUGUCAAUGGAUGGCACAAAUUUAGACUUUGCACAUCCCCUGUCCAAAAAGAAACGGCUGGAUUCCUCGCUUCCCCCAGUGCAGAAGCUGACUGUUCCUGCAGCAGCCUCUGUGUCCUGGAACCGCUCUGUGUCCUUCCGACCCUCUUUGACCCCUGGGGGAGUGGGACGAUCCCUGGACAGAACCCCUAGAGACACACCCACAAGACAGUUACCACACAUACCCGAAGCAGCCCCAGGUCCUUCUCAAAGCACAACUAGUUCUGGUGGCCCAGUCUAUCCCAUGUCCAGCACGCCUGUAGCUGGCAGCACGAGCACUGGGGGAGGUAAGAUGAAACGGGAGAGAACCAGCACACGGCCCUCCACCAGACUCCCUGAGGAUGAUAAGCAGGUGACUGAGAUGCCAGACCUGCCGCCUAUCUCACUCCCCAUCAGCAGCUUCAGCCUGCCCACAUUCAGCUUCUCUUCUCCACCCCCCACCACUUCAACCAUCCCCAACCCUGCUCCCAGAACGACCACCAUCACCCCUGCAAAGGACUCCACUACAGACAAGGAGCCUCCCUCGGCCUCUACACCUCCCUGUGUACCUUUCACAUUUUCCUCCCCUAUUGUCAAGGCAACUGCUGCUAGCCCACCUUCCUUUUCCCCUUCUGGUGGAUUUACUUUCAGUGAACCUGUAGCAAAAAUGGGUCCCUCUAUGUCAAAUGGGAAGCUGGCUACUCCCAUAGUGGCAGCAGUGAAGUCUACUAUAAACAAUAGCACAGAGGAGUUUGAGGGACCGUUCAAACCAGCCAAGACCCUGAAGCAGGGCAGCGUGCUGGACCUCCUCAAAGCACCUGGUUUUGCAUCGCCGAGUUCCUCGGGACCUGUCACUGCUGCCCAUCAGACCUCCACAGAAUCCACCAACCCCACCUCGACCUCUACAAGUUCUUCUUCCUCCUCCUCUUCUACAGGGUUUGGUGAUUUGUUCAAGCCCCCAGCAGGCUCUUUGAACUGUAACGUCUGCUUGGUGCAGAACAAACCCUCGGACACCAAAUGCGUUUCCCCAAAGCCUAGUUCCUCCUCCUCUGCCUCUGCAUUCAAACAGUUGGACAAUAAGCAGAAAUCCACCACCUCUGCCGGGCUGGAGAACAGCUCAGCCAACAACACCACUAGUACUACAACCGCUUCAGGUUAUGGCACAAUGUUUGCCAAAUCAUCGGGAACUUGGGAGUGUGAUACGUGUCUGGUUCAGAACAAAGCCAAGGCUAUUAAGUGUGUGGCCUGUGAGACAGUUAAGCUUUCACCAGCUAUCCCUUCUGCCUUCUUACCAGUAAAGACUGUAUCAAACCCUGCAACCCCAGCCUCCUCAUCCACAGCAGCAGGGAUUGUCGGAUUUGGGGACAAGUUCAAGAAACCAGAGGGCGUUUGGGAGUGCAGCACCUGUUUGGUGGCGAACAAGGCAUCGGACACAAAGUGUGUGGCCUGCAUGAGUGCUAAACCAGGGGCAUCAACAGGGGAACCCUCAUCGUCAGCUCCGCCACCAGCAACCAGCAGUGCUGCUGUAUUGGGGUUUGGGGACAAGUUCAAGAAGCCGGAGAAUGCCUGGGAAUGUGAUGUCUGCAGUGUUCUGAAUACAGCUGCGGACUUAAUGUGUGUUGCCUGCCAAUCGGCCAAGCCUGGAGCUAAAGUGGAGCCAAUAGCUUUUGGUUCUUCCACUUUUGGCACCUCUGGAUCCUCUGCGUUCGGCACCUCUGCAUCUGGUUCAGGAGGGUUCAAGUUUGGCUUAUCAUCAGACUCGAACUCUGGGUCUGGAGGGUUCAAAUUUGGGGGAAGUCUCUCAGAUUCCUCUUCUUCGUCAUCAGGGGGAUUUAAAUUCGGGGUCCCAUCUGGAAGCUCAUUGUCAGAAACCAAUUCUAAAGACACUACUGGCUCAUCAGGGUUCAAAUUUGGUGGCUCAACUGAGGGCUUUAAAUUUGGUGUGGACUCCAUCCCACCGACAGCCAGCGAUAACAAAAACUCUGACCUGGCCAGCACAAGCUCUGGUUUUAAAUUUGGAGCCAGCAGUGGGAUAGCAUUUGGAUCAGGAUCAUCUAGCGUAGAGAGCAACUCCUCCAAGGGCAGCUUCACCUUUGGACUGUCAAAACCUGAGGAUAAAAUGGCAGCGACCACAACUCUUCAGGCAUCCUCUGUGACAUUUUCUCUACCCACAUCCUCUGAGGAAAAGGGCGACAGUGUUGCAUUGUCAACUGACACCACCUCAAGUACUACCAUCACAACAUCUGUUGGUUCUGUGUUUAGUAGGCUGGUUGAGCCCAGCAUGACCACUGCUACGCCAUCAGGAGGCCCCACCUUCAGUUCCUUAUCCACAGAAAAAGAGCCUGCUGCUCCCACGUUUACCUUUGGGAAACCAGAGGAGAAGAAAAAGGCAGCUCCAUCCUCUUUCCUGUUUAGCUCAGCUGGUAAGGAGGCAGAGGGAACCCAGGCACCAGCCACCUUAGGAGGCUUCCCUUUUAGCAAGCCUGACCUUCCCAAAGAGAACCCCCCACCCCCCCCAUUCGGCAAGCCAGCGGACAAGAGCGAGACCCCUCCACCUGAGGUUCCCAAGCCUUCCCUGGCCUUCGGACAAGGUGCUACAGAUACAGCUGCUCCAAAAUCAGCAUUUUCCUUUAACGCUGCUACCACUUCCUCUUCCCCGGCCCCCAGCCUGUUUGGCACCGGUAGCAACUCCACCCAGGCUCCUGCUCCCAAUGCUAACCCAGCCCCCAGUACCUUCAUUUUUGGUCAGGCAGCCUCAUCCUCUGGUGAUGCUACGCCAGCCAAGACCUUUGUGUUUGGGCAGAGCCAAGACAACCAGCCCCCUGCUCCGUCAGCCCCCUCUCUGAACUCCAACCCGGCCCCAGCUGCAGCUCAACCCUUCCUGUUUGGGGCCCCUGCUAACGCUGCUCCUGCUGCUGCAACCCCGCCCUUCACCUUUGAAGCAGCAGUGCCCUCUGCUGCCUCAACUUCAGCCCCGUCUGCAGCACCAUCCCCCUUUGUCUUCAGCUCAGCCCCCUCUGGCGGGUUUGUUGCCAGCCAGACCCCUUCCUUUGGUAAUUCAUUUGGAUCCCAGGCCCCGGCCUUUGGAGUUAAGCCCAAUGCAGCCCCCAUCUUCGGACAACAGGCCAACUCCACACCAGUGUUUGGAGCAUCCGGUAACUCUGCACCAGGUGGCGGCUUUCAGUUUGGUGGAGCCAGUGCAUUUGGAGCAGUGACUAACAACACGGGCGUGUUUGCUUUCGGAGCGGGAGCGUCAGGGUCUCCUGCCCCUUCCGCCAAUCAUCCCAUUGCACCACAACCAGCAGCACCAGGAGGCGGGUUCAACUUCUCACAGACCCCAACCUUCAACCUUGGGUCGACUAAAUCCUCUUUCACUUCCUCCCCUGCUGGACAACAAUCAAUCACUGGGCGUAAGAUCAAGACAGCUGUGCGGCGCAGAAAGUAGACCCCUCCUGCACAUGCACAGAAAGUACACUUGACUUUCGACUCGACUGAACACCCCCCCCCCCCCCCCCCGACCCUCAGCCCCUGCAGGAGAAAGCCCUUGUGGGGCCUUAACCAGGCAAACAUUGAAGUAUUUGACAUGUGAAGCGGUGUCGAGGCUGGAUCUGCUGUAUCCAAGGGCUGGAUACUUGGAUGGAUGUCUUUACUGAAGGCUGGGCUGGUGUGUAUUUUAAGGUGGCUCUCCCAUGUAGACCAGAUCAGUUAGUACGGAAGGCCCUCCUACUGGACACAUUAUAAGGAAGGAGGCAAAAAAACAAAACAAAAAACUGUUGACUUCACGACAAAGACAAAAUCCGACACAAUCAAGCAAGGAACCUCUAUCCAACCUGGAGAGAAUAAUAAUAAUAAAAAUAAAAAAAACUAACUAGAUGGUCAUAUAUCUAUAUUUUCAACACUUGCAAAUGUCUGCUUUACUUUAGGCAUGACUUUUUAUAAUAAAAUUACAAAGGCAAAAACUGCAAAUCUAAAGAGUUGCAAGUCUAAAAGAAAAAUCAGUCCUGUUAAGUAUGGAUGAUCAGGUUAUGAGCUGUAAUGUGCAGAGGGGUAUUGAGAGCUCUGUGGCAGACCUCUUCGACGGCGACCCUGCGGCCUGUUAAGAACGCUGCUCUCGACGCGGGAGCGCACUAAACGGCGGCCGUGUUGCCGUUUGGAGGUCUAGCCGUGGUGUUAGUGCCGUGUGUGGCGAAUGUGCAGAAGUAAGCGUGUUUCUGUGUGUUGCGUGCUUGCUUUCUUUUUUUUUUCUUUUUUUUUCCCUGCCCUAUGUACAGACUUGCGGUGUGUUUGGUUUCUUUGUACAAUGCAGAGAGUCACGCGUCCAUCGGUGUGUGUGCGCGUGCGUGCGUGCGAGCGAGCGAGCGAAUGAAAAUUGAGCGGUAGAGUUAUCGCCUGGGCCGCCAGGGCCGCUAUAGGUGAGAAGCAAAUGAAUGUUUUAAAACAAAGGG